CAGGAAGGGCAGGCUCCGGCACUGACGCACAGGAAAGCCGCGGCGGCGGCGCCGGCAGCAUAAAGUGCGCGGCGCUGGAGGGCGGCGGAGCGGAGCGGAGCGCAGCGCAAGGAGUCCGCGUCGCGCCGCUGGGGUCCGCUCGGACCCGCCCGGACAGUAUGUCCCAGUGGAGUCAAGUCCAGCAGUUGGAAAUAAAAUUUCUGGAGCAGGUAGACCAGUUCUAUGAUGAUAACUUUCCCAUGGAAAUCCGGCAUCUACUAGCACAAUGGAUAGAAAGCCAAGAUUGGGAGGCUGCCUCCAACAAUGAACCAAUGGCAACAAUCCUCUUGCAGAACUUGUUAAUACAAGUGGAAGAACAAUUAGACCGCGUUUCACAAGAAAAGAACCUCUUGUUGAUACACAACCUGAAAAGAAUCAGGAAGCUGCUUCAGGGGAAAUACCAUGGUAAUCCUAUGCACAUAGCCGUUAUUAUCUCAAACUGCUUACGAGAAGAAAGACGAAUACUAGCUGCAGCAAGCAUGCCUGUACAGGGGCCACUGGAAAAGUCACUACAGAACUCUGUAGUUUCAGAAAGACAAAGAAAUGUGGAACACAAAGCAUCAGCCAUUAAGAACAGUGCCCAGAUGACAGAACAAGAUGUCAAAUACUUAGAAGAUCUGCAAGAGGAAUUUGAUUUCAGAUAUAAGACAAUACAAAGUCUAGAACAGAAUGACAAAAACAGUGCCCUCAUUAAACAGGAAAUGUUGACGUUGCAGGAUAUGCUCAAUACCUUAGACUACAAGAGAAAGGAAGUUCUCAGUAAAAUAGUGCAGGUAAUAGAUGAAAUUGACGUCUUGAUGAACAACAUGCUAAUUGAAGAGCUCUUAGAUUGGAAGAGGCGCCAGCAAAUUGCCAGCAUUGGAGGCCCUCUACAUGGUGGGCUUGAUCAACUCCAGAACUGUUUUACACUGUUGGCAGAGAGUCUUUUUCAAGUAAGAAGACAACUAGAAAAGCUUGAGGAGCUCCUGACUAAACUGACUUAUGAUGGGGAUCCUAUUCCACUGCAAAGACCUCAGAUGCUGGAAAGAGUCAACUUCUUGCUCUACAGUCUUUUCCGGAAUUCAUUUGUGGUUGAAAAGCAGCCCUGCAUGCCAACCCACCCCCAGAGGCCAAUGGUACUUAAAACUUUAAUACAGUUCACGGUUAAAUUAAGGCUGCUAAUUAAAUUGCCUGAACUGAACUACCAGAUCAGAGUGAAAGCAACUAUUGACAAGAACGUUUCAACUGCCAGCAAUCGUAGAUUUGUUCUGUGUGGUACUCACGUCAAAGCUAUGAAUAUGGAUGAAUCUGCAAAUGGAAGUCUGUCUGUAGAAUUUCGACAUUUGCAACCCAAAGAAAUGAAAUCAAGUGCUGGAAGCAAAGGAAAUGAGGGCCCUCAUAUGGUAACGGAAGAGCUGCACUCCAUCAGCUUUGAAACUCAAGUCUGUCUAUAUGGAUUAACCAUAGAUUUGGAAACAAGCUCUUUGCCCGUGGUGAUGAUUUCCAAUGUCAGUCAGUUACCUAAUGCUUGGGCUUCUAUUAUUUGGUAUAACUUGUCAACAAAUGAUCCUCAGAACUUGUCUUUCUUUAACAAUCCCCCUGCUGCCACUUUGAGUCAGCUCCUGGAAGUACUAAGCUGGCAGUUUUCAUCAUAUGUUGGUCGUGGACUUAAUUCUGAGCAGCUCAGUAUGCUGGCAGAGAAACUGAUGGGGCAACAAACUAGUUACAGUGAUUAUCAACUGUCCUGGGGAAAGUUCUGCAAGGAACACUUACCUGGAAAGUCAUUCACUUUUUGGGUAUGGCUGGAAGCAAUACUGGACCUAAUUAAAAAACAUAUUCUUCCUCUCUGGAUUGAUGGGUAUAUAAUGGGAUUUGUGAGUAAGGAGAAAGAACGAAUUUUGCUCAAGGACAAGAUGCCUGGAACAUUUUUAUUAAGGUUUAGUGAAAGUAAUUUGGGAGGAAUUACCUUCACCUGGGUGGACCACUCAGAAAAUGGAGAAGUAAGAUUCCACUCAGUGGAACCCUAUAAUAAAGGUCGUUUAACUGCACUACCAUUUGCUGACAUUCUGCGGGAUUACAAAGUUAUUAUGGCAGAUAAUGUUCCUGAAAACCCUCUGAAAUAUCUGUAUCCAGACAUCCCCAAAGAUAAAGCUUUUGGCAGAUACUACAGCUGUCAGCCAAAUGAAGUCUCAAGACCUACAGAAGGAAUCAAAGGUUAUGUUCCCUCUGUAUUUAUCCCAAUCUCCAAAAUACCUGCUCAUGACAACACAAAGAUAUACGGCCUUCAUUUUUCCAGUCCAGAGACAAGAAGGACUAGCCAGAAGUGCUCAGUGUAAGACAGGACUAAGUAAAAGUAAAGUGGGCAUUGGGCCACCUUAUGCUCUCAUAUUCAGGAUGUUGUUCAGGUGUUGGGAAAGGCAUUCUGUAUAAAUUAGUAUAGUAUUUAUGUUACUUUAAUCUAUAUCAUCUUAAAAUAACCUUCAGGAGCCAUUACAGAGCUGGGCUUCAAAAUUCUUUCCUUUAUCACAACUCUUAUCUCAAGAGACCAGAAGGUGGUAGUGAUGUAGCAACAAUUCUGUCUCACCUGAGUAUGUCCCUAUGCAGGCAGAAUUGGCAAAAUAAACUUUUUUUAGGACUCCUUUGGCCUGCUGGAAUAGAAUAAAGUGUACAAUCUUCCAUUAAAAGUAUGACCCUUUGCUGUCUAAUAAGAAACUGGCAUACAUUCAUACAGUAAUCACUGGGCCCCUUCAUUGGUAAAUCAGUUAAAUUUGUAGACAGGUCCACUAUAGAAUAGUAAGUGCAGGUCCUGCAUCCCUUGUUGAUGCAGUAAACUACAAUGGGAUUUCUUCCUAGUAUUUCCAAGUCAUUUUAAAGAUUAUUUUUCUUUGUUUUUCU